CUGCCCUCAGGCUCCGUCCCGGCCCGCCGGGCCCUUCUCCCGCCGCUCCCGCCAUGCGCCACAGCCUCACGCAGCUGCUGGCGGCCUCGGCCGGCGGGGCCAGCCCCUCGGGCGCCGUCUGGCCGCUAACCGGAGCGGGACAGGCCCCGAGAGGGCGGGAUGGCGGCGGGGAAGGGGACCCGGGGCCCGCGCGGCCCAAACCGCAGCCGCCGCCGCGGCGGGAGCCCCCGGGCGCCUCGGAGCCGAGGCGGCAGGAGAAGGAGGCCGAGGCGCCCGGCGGCCCGCUGGAGGUGUGGGAGCAAGAGGACUGGUUCCCGGGCCUGGAGCUGGGAGACCUGCUGGAGGCCGCCCGGCCGGACUGGGACCUAGACGCGGAGCUGAGCGACUGCUUUUGUGGGGACCCGGAGCCGCUGCCCGCGCCGGGCCAGGGCCCGCGGCCGGCGGCGCCCGGGCGGAGGAGCGGCGGGGCCGGGAGUCGGCUGAAGGCGGCGGCGGCGGCGCGGUUGAACCGGCUGAAGAAGAAGCAGUAUGUGCUGGGGCUGGAGAGCCGCCUGCAGGGCCUGGCUGCCGAGAACCGGCAGCUGCGGGACCGCAACCGCGGCCUGAGCCGCCGCCUGCGAGAGCUGGAGCGGGAGAGCAGCUACCUGCGGGCUGUGCUGGCGAACCAGAGCGCGCUGGGGCAGCUCCUGAGCCGCCUGGCCGGGACCCGCGCCGGCGGGCUGCAGCUCAGCACCAGCCUCUUCAGGGACACGGGCAGCCCCCGCCACCAGCACCUCCAGCCCGCCGGCGAGAGCAGCGACCACGACUACGCCCUGCCCAGCUCCCGGCCCCGCGGGCUGGAGGAGGCGGCGGCGGUGACUGAGACGGAGGAGGAGUGGGCGGCCCCCGGCGGGAUCUGCCUGCACGUGGACCGGGAUCAGGUGUCGGUGGAGUUCUGCUCCAUCUGUGCUAGGCGGGCAGCGGCCUCCUUCAAAAUUUUCUCUUUUAGGUGGUUGCCCUGCCAGGCUCCGUUGUGUAGGGGUUAAAGAACAGUCGUUUUCCACCUCGCAACCUGUGGAUUCAGCUGUGUUGGGGCAGAAGAGACGGGACCAGCUGCUGGCCACAUUUCCUGCUUUAUUUUAAAAGGUAGUAUAAGAAAUGAGAAUAAAGAGGUAACAGGGCUUUUGCUGUAUUUGGUUAAAAAAAAAAAAAAGAAGUUGAAUGCUGGGAUUAUUUACUGUCAUCCAAGAUGUUUUUUUUUUAAAAGGCAAUAGUCUGUCAAACAGGUUUUACUCCACUGUAUGCAGAAUUCCAUCUGUUCAGGGGAUAUUGCCAGCACAAAAGAGACUUAGUGGGAUAUGUGUGACCUUACACCUCUGUGGUGGCAUCAACAGGGCUGUUCAAAAUUUCAGUCUUAACUUGGGUAACUCUGCUGUAACUGAUGGGUUGUACCAGUGCACAGG